AUGGUGAUGCCUUCCACGACGCCGGCGGUGCGCCAAGAAACGCCGCCGCCGCUGCCGCCGCCGUCCCACGACGGCAUAGGCAUACCGACGGUGGACCUGUCGGCGCCGGGCGGCCGCGGCGCGCUGUCGCGGCAGGUGGCGAGCGCGUGCGCGGAGCACGGCUUCUUCCGGGCCGUGAACCACGGCGUGCCCCCGGGCCCCGCCGCGCGGCUGGACGCCGCCGCCAGGACGUUCUUCGCGCUGCCGCCGCACGACAAGCAGCGCGCUGGCCCGCCCAACCCGCUCGGCUACGGUUGCCGCACCAUCGGCUUCAACGGCGACGCCGGGGAGCUCGAGUACCUGCUCCUCCACGCCAACCCGGCCGCCGUCGCGCACAGGGCCAGGUCCAUCGACACUGACGACCCCUCGCGAUUCAGUAAUGUGGUGAACGAGUAUGUGGGAGCAAUGAGGCAGCUUGCAUGUGAGAUCCUGGACCUGUUAGGAGAGGGGCUAGGGCUCAAGGACCCCAGAUCCUUCAGCAAGCUCAUCACUGACACAGACAGCGACUCACUCCUGAGGAUCAACCACUACCCUCCAGCAUGCACCAUUCAGAAGCUUGACCAUGAAAACCAAUGCAAGAUGAAGAGCAGUUUCAGAAUCAAGACUGGCAAUGGUGUGAACCAGUCGGCAGGUGCACGGAUCGGAUUUGGGGAGCAUUCAGACCCACAGAUUCUUAGCUUGCUCCGAUCAAACGAUGUUGAUGGCCUUCAGGUGCUUCUGAACUGUGACGGCAGGGAGGUGUGGGUUCAGGUGCCAGCCGAUCCAUCAGCAUUCUUUGUCAAUGUUGGUGAUCUCCUCCAGGCUUUGACAAAUGGGAAGGUGAUAAGUGUCCGACACAGGGUAAUUGCAAGCUCCUGCAGGGCAAGGCUGUCCACAAUCUACUUCGCUGCGCCGCCACUGCAUGCACGAAUUUUGGCCCUCCCAGAGACAGUCACAGCCAACUCACCCCGCCAGUACCGGCCCUUCACCUGGGCCGAGUACAAGAAGACAAUGUACUCCCUCCGCCUGAGCCACAGCCGCCUCAACCUCUUCCACAUCGACCAUGAUGACCACAGCAAUGUCGGCAAAGGAGAACAAGAAUAG